AUGCCUGAAAUUAUGAAGUCUUGGGUCCAAGCAUGGCUCUGGCUACUUGUCGGAGCGUGUUUAUUCUGGAAUCAGGUUCAGGCUCGCGCUGUCUUCGCUCAUUUCAUGGUCUCGAAUACGGCAGGAUACACCUCAGAAGACUGGGAGAAUGAGAUUCAGCUCGCUGUGGAUGCUCACAUCGAUGCGUUUGCCCUAAACAUGGCCGCGGGAGAGAGUACCACGGCCAGCUCUCUCCCAAACGCUUUUGCAGCUGCUCAAAAGCUGAAAUUCCACCUCUUCUUUUCGUUUGAUUACGCUGGAAAUGGGCCCUGGGAUAAGGAGGAUGUCUUGAGUCUGCUAGGUCAGUAUGUGAGCAAUGAUGCUUACUACUUUCACGGAUCGAAUCCUCUUGUGUCGACGUUCGAAGGGCCCGAAAAUGCAGAAGACUGGGUGGACAUCAAGUCCCAGCAAUUCUGCUUCUUCGUACCCGACUGGUCGUCGGUUGGGGCCAAAGCCGCCAUGGCGCUAGCAGGCGGGGUUGCUGAUGGUCUUUUCAGCUGGGCUGCCUGGCCUAAUGGACCCAACGACAUGAACACCUAUGUGGACGCGUCGUAUAUCCAAUACUUGGACAAGAAGCCAUACAUGAUGCCGAUCUCCCCUUGGUUCUUCACCAACAUGCCCGGGUACGAUAAAAACUGGCUGUGGCGUGGUGACGAUCUCUGGUAUACCCGGUGGGAACAGGCACUCUACCUUGCUCCGGAAUUCAUUGAGAUUAUCUCCUGGAACGACUUCGGCGAGUCCCAUUACAUUGGUCCUAUUGUUGACAGCCACAACCCGCUAGCUGACUCCAUGUAUACUGCGUUUGGGACAGGCGAUGCCCCUUACAACUAUGUUGAGGGCUUCGACCACAGCGGCUGGAGGCAGUUCCUGCCCUAUGUCAUUGAUCUCUAUAAGUACAACGAGACAAACAUUGACAACGAAGGCUUGGUUACGUGGUAUCGGCUGAAUGCAGCGGGUGCGUGCCCUGAUGGUGGCACGACCGGCAAUACGGUAUCUCAAUUGCAGUUGGAAUACUGGCCAAAGGAUAUCGUACAGGAUAAGAUCUUCUUUUCCGCUCUGUUAGGGCAAGCUGGUGACGUCUCGGUGACUGUUGGUGGGGUCAAUGUUGGUGCAACGUGGACCAAUACCCCCAGUGGCGGAGGGGGCAUCUAUCACGGCAGUGUCUCCUUUGCCGGUCAUUCUGGUUCAGUUGCCGUAUCUGUUACUGGCGCUACCGGCACCAUCACAGUUGAAGGGCAUGAUAUUAGCAGCGGAUGCUGGGAAGGGGAUCAAGUCGAGAACUGGAAUGCUUGGGUGGGCUACAGUAUGGGCGGCGCGGUCGAUGUGGACUCCCCGAAACUUAACAAGGAGGUGUGUAUUGAAGGAUGGGGAAUGGGUGACUUCAAUGGGCUCUGUAGCUACUCCUGCAGCUUGGGCUAUUGUCCCGUUGGGGCGUGCGUUUGCACAAAGUUGGGGCCUCAGCCAGAUUUCCCUGCGCCCACCGGAAUUCAGGGUUAUCCCGCUGCCGGCAAAGAUGCCAAUUAUGCAGGUCUGUGUUCGUUCACCUGUAAUUACGGCUACUGCCCUUCCACUGCCUGUGGGACUGUCUCAGUUCCACUAACCAUCCCUACUGUCUCCCCUUUUACCCCGGACACUUGUGUUGCCGGAACCGGAAAGGACGAGCUCGCCGGCCCACUGAAUCAGCCUCCAGCCCAGAAUACCAGCAUUGUCGGGUGGGCUCCAGACGAGGCUGAUAACGGACUUUGCGAGUUUGCCUGUACUCGCAAUUACUGCCCACAGCCUGUCUGUCUUGACAUGGCGUCCGAUGAUGAGUCUUGUGACAGUAACGACGACUACUGCGACGUCACUUCUCCUUGCGACUUCAGCCUCAGCUAUAACUCCUUGAGUGCCUUACAGUCGGCCAUGGAUAGCUUGGAUCCCUACUGUGUUGACUUCUAUGUCUUGGGCGCACUGUAUGGGGAGUUGGAAGCCACGGUUGCCAACUUCACCAGCAUUGCCAACACGAGCAACUAUGACGAGUAUUUCAAGGACUACGAGUCCUACAUGAAAAGCCAGGUGGGGACCCAGCUUACCUAUUUUAUGAAUAUGAGCGACACUGGGGUGAACCGAACGGCGGGACCAUGUCCUGACGAUCUCGGGUACGAAAAUCGCGCGCAUACCGUCUAUUAUAACUUGAUCGAUGCGGACGGCUUCUAUGGCAACCUCAGCGCGGAAUUUGGGAUAGAACGUGACUGGGUUGUGCUAGGGGGCUGGUCGAGCACGGAGGGGCCCUACUACGACGACAAAGGCAACACCGCGUGCAACGUCUACGACAAUCCUGAGGCUGCCUGCUGGUGGCAUCGUGGCUUCCCAAUUCCAGCCCAGAAGAUCACCAUCAGCGACCCGCGGGAGCUGAUGAGACAGGCCCUGCCCAACAUCCCGAAUCUCCAGCUCUCCCUCCUCAUCACCGAGCUUCAGAUCCUGUCAGGCUCCUUCGACGGCGUGAUUGACGACAUCGUCCAGACAUACUCCACCGCCGUGUUCACCCUGGCGGAGCUGGUCGACCGCAUCUACUCCGUGGUCGCCAUCGGGGAGAAGAUUGAGGCCGAGAAGAAGAAGGAGCUAAUCUUGCAGAUCCUCGGCGGCGUGUUCCUGAUCGUGCCCUUCCUCGGCCCGCUCUCCGGCCUCGGCGAUGUCAUCGAGGGCCUGGAUGCGGCGCUCGCGCUCGUGGGCACGGUCGCGAACGAGGCAACCGAUAUCUACACCAUGGUGCAGGACCCCGAAAGCGCUCCGGUCGCAAUCCUGAGCAUGCUGCUCGACUUCAACGUGGGUGCCGCCGCCGGCGCGGCCACCAAAGAUGGCGUCAGCGCGAUCGAGUUCGACUCCAUGGCCUUGACGCGACGCGGCAUGAAGGGGUCGGAUAUCAAGUCGGUCGGGGUGUUGUUCGAGCAAAAGAUGGAUCAGCUGGAAUCUAUUGUCAGCAAGUGCGCUAGGCUUUGA